UCAAGGCCUUAACCACUAGUUCAGAACGUUCUGUAUUAAAGAAAUUAUACAGGGCUUAAUAUGUGUAUGGUCAGCCCCAACAUAUGCUAUAUAAUAGGUGUCCUAAUGCUACAAUUGUAUUAACUUGCCCCUUCUCUCACAAUGUCAUCUGUAUCAGUCUCCUCUUCUCUCCUCUCAUUAUCACCAUCUUCGGAUCUUCCUCUAUGUGAGAUCCCUGGAAGUUAUGGGCUGCCCUUCUUUGGAGCCAUUAAAGACCGGUGGGACUUUUUUUACCUCCAAGGGCGAGACCAAUUUUUCAGGUCUCGCAUGGAGAGUUACAAUUCCACAAUUUUUCGAGCUAACAUGCCUCCUGGUCCUUGGAUAUCCCCUGACCCACGGGUCAUUGUUCUUCUAGAUGCCAACAGCUUUUCAGUUCUCUUUGAUAAUUCCAAGGUUGAAAAACGAGAUGUUUUUACUGGAACUUACAUGCCUUCCACCUCCUACACUGGGGGUUAUCGUGUAUGCCCCUAUUUGGAUCCAAGUGAGCCUGAGCAUGGAUCCCUCAAGGCCCUGUUGUUCUCUUUCCUUGCCUCAAAGCAUGAAGAGUUUAUCCCACUCUUUCAGAGCUGUAUGAAAGGUCUGUUCAAUGGUCUUGAGGAUCAGCUGAGAGAUACAGGCCGGGUCAAGUUCGAGCAGCUCAAUGAUGUACUAUCUCUUGAGUUUGUUUUCAGGCUGUUUUGUGAUGGCAAGAGUCCUUCAGACACCAAAUUAGAGUCCAAUGGGCCGAUCACGAUCAAGAAGUGGCUAAUUGGCCAAAUAGGACCUGUGGCUUCAUUGGGAUUACCCAAGUUAUUAUUUCCAAUCGAAGAUUUUUUAAUGCAUUCAGUUAGACUACCUUUUCUGUUGGUGAAAGGUGAUUAUAGAAAGCUGUAUGAUGCAUUUUACUCCUCAGCAAAAUCAUUCUUGGACAAAGCAGAGGGUUUUGGUUUAAGUAGAGAGGAGGCAUGCCAUAACUUAGUUUUCAUAGCUGGAUUUAAUUCAUUUGGGGGAUUUACAAUAUGGUUUCCGUUAAUGAUGAAAUGGGUUGCAUCCGCUGGGGAGAGCCUGCAUCGUGAGCUGGCUGAUGAGAUUAGGACCACUGUGAAGUCUGAGGGUGGAGUCACUCUGAAUGCCAUCAACAAGAUGGCCUUGACCAAGUCAGUGGUUUACGAGGCUCUAAGGAUUGAACCUCCUGUCCCAUACCAGUAUGGGCGGGCUAAGGAUGAUUUGGUGGUUCAAAGCCAUGAUGCUUCAUAUGAGAUCAAGAAAGGGGAAAUGAUCUUUGGGUUCCAGCCGUUUGCUACAAAAGAUCCAAAGAUCUUUGAUGAUCCUGAGAAGUUUGUAGCGAAUAGAUUCGUAGGGGAGGAAGGAGAAAGGCUGCUAAAGUACGUGAUAUGGUCAAAUGGAAGAGGGAUUGAUGAUCCGACGGUAGAUGAUAAGCAGUGCGCAGGUAAGAAUCUGGUGGAACUUUUGUCUAAAGUUUUCCUAGUGGAAUUCUUUUUGCAGUAUGAUACAUUUUCUGUUGAUGCUUCUAAAACCACUCUGACUUUCUUGUCUUUGAAGAAAGCCACCAGCACUUGAUGUUUGAGAAAAACAACAAUGAUACCUUCUAGUCAUUUUUCUUUUCAA